GAGACGGACCACGCUCAACGCCAUCUGCCAAGCCCUGACGUCUACUCUGAGAUCUACUGCGUGGAAUCCCUGCAUUGCGAAUAUCCGCACACGUCAUGCCCUUUCAUCAUCCAUCUAUAUCUGACCCCAUGAAGAGGAACGACACUCGGAAUCAUUGUCCAUCAACAUCCCACCCCUUCUAGCUAGAUUCCCCUAUCGUCUAUCGAACCUCUCAAUAACCACAAUGGAUACCAUCAAGCAAGCCACCGUUACACUCAACCAUACCGAAGAAGAGCAACGGCAGCUGUACAACAGCCUCCCCACCGAGCAACGCAACAAUCAAUCGUUCACCGAAUGGGUCAAGGAAGCCUACAAUGAGCAGUACGAGAAGUGGAUGCCCUGGCUAGAGGACCAAUACCUAAAAUGGUUCGGAAAAGGCGACAACAAGGCCUCCUAUGUGACCAAGGACAAUCUGUCCAAGACGAAGGUCACCGGCGUGAAACAGGUCGAUCAAAUCCAAGAUGACGUGCAUCAGUUGGUCGGAAAUCAACUAGGCGACAACGGUCUCCUGGCUCCCGUGGGGAAUAUGGCCUCGAAGGAGGGCAUUAAUCGUGCCGAGAGGGGAGGGAAAGAUGAUAAUGGCUCGUAUGGAGGACCUCUGGGAGGCGUGACGGAUCCUGUUGUCGAUAGCUCCAAGCGUGCGGGUCAGGGACUAUCUUCUGGAAUUCAAUCGGCCGGGUCCUCCCUUGCUGGUGGGGCGAAGAGUGUAGGGAGUGUCAUACCUGGAUUCGGUAGCAAGUGAUGGGGGCUCUUUGGCUCGUGUCGGAUUAUGUGAUAUGAUUUAUGAUUUGAUGGCUGAUAUGGUGUUUUAUUCAUUGAUUCUUUCUGUCAUGGCCCUUCUACUCACUUAUUUCCUUCUUUCGAUUUCAUGUACGAUCUACGUUGUGUAUUACCUAGCUAUUCUUUCUCGAACAUACGUCCAUCCCAACCACAGACAUUAAAUGUAAAUAACAUAUC